AUUAACUGGUUUUAUUAAAGUGUAAUGUAGUAGGACUGAAUCAACCUGAAUCAUUUUUUUAUAUAUGCUCAUAGUCUUUAACAUCUUUUUUUUUUUUUUUACAAGAUUGAGCUCCUGAAACAACCUUUAAACACUGUCAGCCAAAGAGUUGCUUUUUAUUCCAGUCUGUAACCUUAUGCCUGGAUCUCCUGCAUCCAGUCUCCAUACGUCAAUACAAUUAAGAGAUUCCAUUCAUCAUACUGACCCAGAAAAGAGGGUUUUCAGCGUAAAGACUGGACCGCAACCCCCAGGCGUUAUUCCUCUCCAUUAACCUGUAUGGAUGACUUCAACAUCCUGAAUACUUGAGUAUGCUGCAUUCAUGUGUGUUUUUCUUGGUGUACUUCAUGGAAAAAUAUUCAAUCACACAGGAAAUAAAUUCUUUGCACUUAUGCUGUGGGUCUAAUCAAAUAGCGUCAGUGUUUUACUGGCAUUUGCUAAUGGAGAGUCGCACAUGGGCACUGUUCAAAAGAACUGGAGUGAAAAAUCUGAGCAUCAGUGGGUCAGGCAAUAAUGCUUUCUACGCCAAUAACGAGAAUGACAGAUGCAAAUAAACCCAGUAAAUCAUCAUACAGCAAAUCUUCCUUUAUCUUCUUUGGCUUAAAAAUGCCCCUUAAUAGCUCAAAAUGAUCUAAUACAAAAUGAAGACAGUGGGGAAUACCCAUAGGCCCUUGUACUUGGAUGAUCUAAACAGCUAUACCUUAGAAUUCACAAAAGAUUAACUCUUUUUUUGUUGUUUUAAAUAGAUGUUUUUGGGCCACUAUUAAGAUGAUUAAUGUUACCUUUAGUGAACAUUACUGUUCAAUGCUUUCCAUUUGUCUCCACACAGAUGAAUAGCAGAAGUGCAGUUUAAUGUGUACUUCUGUGGGAAGUUAAGUUUAUUCAAUGUAUGGUUGAGAGUCAUAAUUUCCUGUCCACAUUUAACAUUAAAAUAUGAUCUUUUCUAAAUUUAAGCCAAUUCAAAUGACAUCGAAACAAUGAUAUUUUAACACAAAUCUGAGGUCAUUCUACUUGCAGCUAUAGCUAAUCUCAUCCAAAAAUAAAAAAUCCGUCACCAUUUAUUCCUAUCAUUACUCAUGUUGUUCCUUUUUCUGAGGAACAUAAAAGAAGAUUUUUUUUUUUUUUUUUUUUUUUACAACAGAAGUCAGUGGUCAUCAAACUGUUUUGGUUAGGCUACCAAGCAAGCACUAUUCUUCAAUAUAUAUGGGAAAGAGAGUCAUAGGCUAUAGGUUUAAAUUCACUGUGAAGUUCACACUGAAAUAUUUUGAGUAUUUAAACCAGGUUUACAGUGUAUUCACUUUGUUUCUAAAUUCAUAAAAAGUUCCCUUAUUUGGCAAGUGCCGUUGAUAUAAUCAUGUCCCUUUUAAAACAAAUCUGUCUUCCCAUGAGGGAAGUGUCUUGGCAACUCAAAGCAUCUACUUCCUCAAAUAUUUUAUCCGACCUUUCGGUGUCAUAUUUUCCUAGAUGGUAUUCUCAGGCUGAGCUAAAAACAGGAAGCUCAUGUGCCCCAGUUGUCAGACUGAAAGAAACUAUCUAGCGUUGCAUUUAUAUGCGUGCUUAAGUGUUAAUCCUUACACAUUUUAUUUUAACUGAAGCUUUAAAAAUUAUUAAAAUCCUACAGCUUAAUGAAGUUGUAAUAUGACAGGUGGACCGAAUGCAAUUUAACGGCAACCUUUCAUUUGCAGCUUAAUUGUCUCGUGGUGGUUAUCGCACGAAUAGCGAUAAUUAUCUCACAGACAUGCUAAUAAUGGUGUGAACGGUCCCGGCGUUUCCCAGGGCAACCGCAGAAGACUCCCGCCCACGGACGUCUCUGAUUGGCUCCUGUACUCAGCGGAGUGUCGGAUUGGUUUACACAGCUGCCAUUCUUCUCAACGAGUAGCGUUAUUUUGACCGUCUAUUCCCCGAGGAAGCAGCAGGGUGAAGUGGAAGAUAAGACGUUGUGUCUUACAAAACAGCUGGGCUUCGUCGGCUCUUACAAAGGAACGGCGUUUCAUGAGAUGGUAAGGACAAUAUAUGCAAGGAAACAGAAAAGAUAUGUUCUCUAGACAAGAGUGCGUGAAUGGAUAUGGUUUCAUUUUAGAUGUUUUUUUUUUUUUCUAAUUAAUUCUGCAGGUGAACUGUAGCCUAUGUGCCGCUGUCUUCUUUUGAAGGCUACCUUGACUUCUUCUGAAACUGUUCUCAGCUGAAAGCCUUUCUAUUGAGGAACCCCACUAUGGAUCCUGACAAGACCUCCUAUGUGAGGCUGAAUGAGGAGAAAGUAAUUGCAGAGUCUGAUAUUUUGUCCCUUCUAAAAACGUACAACUGUUAUCACGAGGGAAAAAGCUUCCAGCUUCGGAUUCGUGAGGAAGAGGGCGAGCUGAUCGUGGAGGGUUUACUCAACAUCUCCUGGGGCCUGAGGAGGCCAAUCAGACUGCAAAUGCACGAUGACAACGAGCGCUUUCGCUAUGCCUGCAUGAGUGCGUGGAGAUCGGAGAGCUCAGAAUCCAGCAGAAAUGAAACUGCUGAACACCAGUUUUGUUCAGAACCCAACAACAACAAAAUCAGUGCCUCACCUAUACCCAGUGUGGAUGGAGCUGAGGAGGACAUCCCUCAACUGCUGAGAACGAGAAGUGACGCAAGCUUUGUGAAUUUCCAAAGAAGAUCCAAAAUCCACAACACUGCCGAUUCACAGAGGAUAAAAAGACACCGCUUCUCCAUCAACGGCCAUUUUUACAACCACAAAACAUCAGUUUUUACUCCGUCAUAUGGAUCGGUGACUAAUGUGCGAGUGAACAGCACUUUGACAACACAGCAAGUUCUUAACCUACUCCUUAAUAAGUUUCGGGUUGAGAAUAAGGCAGAUGAGUUUGGCCUCUACCUAGUCCAUGAAUCAGGGGAGAGAGCAAAACUUAAGGACACAGAAUAUCCUUUGGUAUCUCGUCUGUUGCAUGGUCCAUGCGAAAAAAUCGCCCGAAUAUUUAUUAUGGAAAAGGACCUUGGUGAAGAGAUUACGUAUGAUGUUGCACAGUAUAUUAAGUUUGAAAUGCCUGUUUUGGGCAGUUUCAUCAAGAAACUGAAAGAGGAGGAAGAGCGAGAGAUUUUAAAACUAACAAGAAAAUACAGUGCACUGAGAUCAAUGAUAUUGCAAAAACUGGAUGGCAUCUCUAAUACUGCAAAUUAUGCGUGAGAAAAUGUCGACUGUUUAGAUCAAAGGCAUCCUCUCUGUUGUACAGUCAACAUCAGUGAUCCACAGAUUGCUAGUUUUAUGUUUUUCAUUUUUGGUGAAGACAUGAGUGCAAUAACUAGUGUAUAAAAAGUAGUAAUUAGCAGUGUAAGUACUUUUACCCACAAUUCUCAGGCUUUACAAAUUACCUAGAAUGUUAUUUUAUGAUCUAUGACUUAGAAGACAAACUACUGUAUUUUUUUUUUUGGUUAAACUUAGAACAUAUACGCCCCUGACAUGUUUCUACAGUAACAAUAUUACCUUUUAUACAUUUUAAAAUAAAACUAAUA